AUGGCAAGCAAUGGCUUAAGUAUGUUUCAAUUCCCUCGUCUUACCAAAGAGAAUUAUGAUAAUUGGUGUCGUCGCAUGAAAGCCUUGUUAGGUUCUCAAGAUGCAUGGGAGAUUGUAGAGAAAGGUUAUGCCCAACCUCAAAAUGAGGCUAUUUUGUCACCAAAUGAGAAGGAGACUUUGUUGAAGUCGAAGAAGAAGGAUCAACAAGCACUUACUUUCAUUCAUCAAGGUUUGGAUGAAGCUAUGUUCGAGUUGGUGUCAAAUGCAACCACAUCCAAAGAAGCAUGGGAGAUUUUGAAAACCUCCCUUGAAGGUGUUGAUAAGGUAAAAAAGGUGCGCCUACAAACUCUAUGUAGAGAGUUUGAAUCAUUGCAUAUGAAGGAAUCUGAAUCUAUCUCUGAUUUUGGCAACAAGGUGUUGGCUAUUGUGAACCAAAUGAAGCGUUAUGGAGAAAAUAUGGAAGAUGUUCGUGUGGUGGAAAAGAUCCUUUGCUCCUUAAUCGCUAAAUUUGAUUAUGUGGUUUGUGCUAUUGAAGAGUCUAAGGAUUUAGACUCAAUGACCAUAGACCAAUUGAUGGGUUCUCUCAAGCCUAUGAAGAAAGGUUCAAUAGAAGACAUGAUGAGCCAUUGGAGCAAGUCCUCAAAGCCAAAGCUUCUUUGA